CUUGCCCCUUGUAAAUCUGUGAUGCAAUGUCUGUCUAUUCACCUUCCCACUCUGCAGAAGUUAGUUUUACCACAAAUCCUGCGAUUCUAUCCUGCAAUGGGAAAUGUCAUUCCUCUUCCGUUUCACACAAUCAUCUGAACUGUGUCUCCUCUGCCUCGAGCUAUGAAAUGCUGAUGUCACACUUUGUACGCUGAGAGAUGGAGUUGUAGGUGUCUGCAGGGAGUGUAAGUAAAGGUGUGUGUUUGUGUGUGUGUGUGUGUGUGUGUGUGUGUGUGCGCGUGUGUGUGUGUGUGCACUCCCUGCUGAGUGUUGAGCCGUCGUUUAGUGAGCUGUAGUCAGGAAUGCUACCCUGUGAGAAGAGGAAAAGAGGGAGAAAACAACAAUGGGAGGGGGAGGAGAGAAGGAGAGACACAGAGACUGACGAGAGAGAGAGAGAGGUAGAGAGAGAGAGAGGAUAAACCAGUGUGGCAGGUUUGCGUCACUGUACGCAGUCCAUCAUGCAAAGCUGAUGGAAAGAGAAAAAGACAGAGAGAAUGAGAGGCGUUGGGUGCUGAUGUCAUUACAGAGCACGGCCUUCAUUUUGAACCUGCGUCAACACAAUGGUCCAAGGCAAAGGCGAUUCUCGGAGAAGACCGAUACGUGCUGCACAGAGACUGGCUGUGACACUAUAAUACAGUGUUUUUGCAGGGUGGAUUGCUGUUAGGCGAUGGGAACUGUUCACUGAGGUCGUGCUGGGGAACUAAAGACUCCUUAGGACAAAACAACAAGAAAGCAAGAAGAGGAGUCCAGAGGAUUCAUCACUUCUAGACCACAAGAAAGAGAAUCAACAAGAGCAUCUCUGAAAUAUCAAACUUUUCUUAAGAAAACAAUUAGAGACAUGUACUUGUGGCCCUGUUUCACUGUCUUUUGCACAUUGAAAGCUGCAACAUUCAGUUGAACUGCUUCCAGAUUACAGUUUAUAGGACAGUUGCCUGGAAUCGCACAGAUAUCAAGUUCACUCUUCCGCUCUCUUUUUUGCAUUUGGCUCUUGACAGGAGGUCAUUAACUUUGUUUACUCUCAGACAAUGGACUUGUCCUUUCUCCCUACCCCAGUGACGGAGUGCAACAAGCGGACAGGAGCACACUUUACUGUCCGCUCGGCAAACUCUCCUUCAUACAGUCUCACCCGCAGACCUGGUGUCAGGAAACAAAAAGGGUUUUCAGAAGAUGAAAGGGAGGGUGCUGAAGACGUUGGUGAAAGUGAGAGAUAUGGGACAAACCCUAGCACAAAUGGUGAGAAUCAGGAAGAUGGAGUCGCUGGAUAUCAAGCCAGGACUGGUGGUCGCAGCAGUGUGAAAGAUCAGCAGGAGGAGAAGGAAACAUCAGGCCAUGAAAUGUUCCCCAAGCUAAGCCGGGAUGAUACAGGAGACAAAAUGAUCACAGUGUCUGCGCUUGAAAGCCAGGGCAGGACAGAGAAGAGGAGAUUUAACCUGUCAAGUAAAAGUCAAAGUUUAGAUUGGAGAAUGGAUGGACAAAGUCCUGUUUGGGGAACCAGAGCUGACACCAUUAGAGGAGGGGACAUCAAUAAACAGCCUGGAGGCUUGGAUGAAAGAGGGACAAGAGCUGAAGCUGUGAGGGGCAGGUUAAUGCCUUCAAUACAUGUCAAUAACUCUGCAGGUGGAACUAAUGUUGCUCAAGAGAGGAACCCAGUAUGUCACCUGACCCAGACUUUGGACAGGGUCAGCAGGGGUCAUUCUCUCCCCUACAGGUUGAGGUCCCAGUCUGGACCAGGCUCCUGGUUCACAGAGACAGCUACGUCGUUUGGGCCCAAAGGAGGUCAGAGUAUAUUGGAGCGGAUAGAGAAGCUCUAUGGGUCUGCUGGUUUUGGAAAAGCAGAGGAUAACAGCACAAUCAGGGACUACUCUACCACAUCUGCAGAUAUUUCACCACAGCAGAGCUCAUACCAGAGAGGAGCAGGAGGAACCUUCCCCAGGCGUUUAUCAUUAGGAGAGAAAUAUUGCCUCAGUCCAAUGCAAAGCAUUAAAUCCGUCACCUGGACAACCCAGAAAGACACCUCAGGUUCAGAGAGUUCACUAUCUCCAGGGAAAAGCAGGAGAUCGUCAGGGGGGCAGUGGCAAGAGAAGGUCCAGGGCAAGUAUUCACAGGAAAGUGCAGUUAACUGGGGGAAGGGGUUGGUGGAAAUAGGUACACAGUCUCUGGAUAGAGCAAGGAGUAGGAACACUCUAGCAGCUCAGAUAAGAUCUGCCAGGGUGGCAGGAGGGAUUACUGCCUUAGACUCAAGUAGUUUCUUAGAAGAAGAGACAUCUGUUGCUCUCAAAGAUUCAUCUGAAUUCAGAGAGAGAGGUGCAAAUGGAAGUAAGCAUCAGGACAGGGCAAGCCAUGGGAAGGAAAAGGGUGAGACUAAUGGAAUAAAUGUGGCAAAAGAAAAAACUGAAAUGAAGAGCGACAUCGCUGAAGUAGAUGUCUUUGAGUCAAAUCCAAAUAAAACUACACUGAAAUCAAUCGAGAGGAAGAACUUUACUGAUAACUUGUCGGUCCCCUCUGCAGCUAGUGUGAGGAAUAAGAUCAAUCAGUUUGAGGCUCUGUCCCAGAGAGCUCAGGGUUUGGCAAGCGGACACCCACCGAUGCCCAAAAGAGCCUUUUCUGUCCCAACACAACACAGCAGCGUGCAUGAUGGGGUGAAGAAGAGCGGGUCGGCGAAAGCAAUAGGUGGAUUGAGGGACAAGUGGGAGGGAUCGAAAGAGGGAUGUGAGGUACAUGAUGAAGCUGAAGAGAAAGUGACAGGAGCAGGAAAGAAGCACCUGUUAGAAAGGUUUUUAUCAGUGGACGAGGUUGGACUAGCGAGAAAAGAGAGAGAAAGGAGUGAAUGGGAAGGGGAAAAAGAAGCGGACAGUGGCGACAACUGCUCUGAGGAUUUUGGUAAAUAUGCGAGACUUAAGAGUGCACUUGAAAUCCCUCUAAAUGGAGGAGCUCAAAGACGGCGUAGAAACGUUCACAUAGAUGAGACAGAUUUCGCCAAAGUCUCAAGUCCUGAAGACGCAAGGGGGAAAGACAUUACAGCCAACAAUACCCCAUCCUCGCUACCGUCCAGUUCCAGUGACACCACCGCCACUGUGCAGAAAGUGGCACUCUCUGGGGAUUCUCCACCUGCUAGCGAUGAUGACACGACUCCAACAAACACCCCGAACCACUCGCCCUUACUUUCACCUACAGCACAAAUGGAAAAGGCCUCUCCCAUUGCAGAUACACAUGUCGGCACUUCUGUCUUCACACAUGCAGCCACAACUCCUGAUCCAGACUCCUCACCUCCCCCUCGUCCCCUCGCCGCCUCCUCCCACAGCAACCUCCCUGAUCUCAUCUCUCCAGAUGACAGAACAGCCCACCAGAAAAGGAAAAAAAAGGUAUUGGACCUCGAUGCUUGGGUAGCUGGCUUGAACUCGGCAAUCAAGGUCUGGAAUGCAGACGAGGAUUAUGAGGACGAUGAUGAAAGUACGCAGAAGGAUGAUGAUUCAAACUAUGAUUCAGACUCUGGAGAGUCCUCGGUGACCAUCACCAGUAACAUGAGCCAGUCAGAUCACAGGAGCUUCUGUGUCAGUCUUUCAGACCUGUGUAACUUUGCUGGAGUUGACUAUGAGUCAGAGAAUGACAGUGAUGAGUGGCAAUCGACAGGCAGGCGUUCUGCCUCACUCAGCUCAGACGUGUCUGCCCUUUCCUAUGUGUCUGUGAUGCCCAGUGAGGAGCUGGACAGGCUGCUGGAAGAUGUCAGGAGCCUCGGGGACAACAACCUGCAGGACUAUGAUGAUGUGCAGGUGGCUGUUCUCCAUAAGGAGGUGGGAGUGGGACUGGGCUUCAGUGUGGCAGGAGGCGUGGACCAGAACAAGCCAGUCACUGUCCAUAGGGUGUUUCACUCCGGUGUGGCCGCUCAGCAAGGCUCCAUAAGGGAAGGGGACCAGGUCUUGUCAAUCAACGGUACAGCGUUGUGUGGCCAUGCCCACUGGGAGGUUCUGAGGGUGUUGAGAAGGGCGAAGAACCGUGAGACGGGAGUGGUGGUCCUGAGGAGGGGAGGUGUUAGCGGCGUCCCUAAGAGCGGAGUGCAGACAAGUGUUCCGGGACCAACACAGACUCUGUUCACUGAGGCUGGUCAGCAGAUGUGUGUGUGUCUGGAGAAGAACAGCAGGGAUCUGGGCUUCAGUCUGGAGGGAGGUGUAGGCUCCAGUCUGGGGAAUAGGCCACUCACUGUGCAGAAGAUCUUCCAGGGAGGUCCAGUUGAGAAGGUGUGUCCUGGUGAUCAGGUCCUAGAGAUCGAAGGUGUGAGUGUGGUGGGGAUGAGACGUUUGGAAGCCUGGGCUUUGAUCAGAAAACUUCCCCCUGGGCCAGUGGAUGUGAUACUUUGCCGCCCUCUGAACCAUCAGGAAACAUGAGGAUUAUGGAAGAGCUUUGGGCACAACAAAGUUCUGGGAAUGAUGACGAAAAACAAAAACAAAAACAACGUCCAUGAGAGAUAGUGUAGUCGACAGAGGCUUAGAACAUGACAUUAAUUACCUAGGAUAUUUGGGCCAUUGAAACAAUCCAGGAAUUUGUUUACACAUUGUUAUUAUAACUAAGCUCAAAAGGAAACAUAAUCUUGAAGACAACGCCAAAAGUGUGUUUUUUUUAUCUCUUUUUUAAAUCUCUUUUACAUGAUCACAUCUACCUCAUGGCCUGUGAUAUUUAUAUGUAAUAAUUAAAAUGUAAUAAUGGCUCAUUCAUUUACCAAAUCAACCAACUUUUAUACCAAUAGUGAUCAUUUGACAAUUAAUAAUGUGGCACUGUACAUUAAAAUACACGUUGAACAUAUUGUGAAUACAUGCCAAGAGCAUUUAGAGUCUAUUUAGCUUUUUUAAUAAAGACUAACAAAUUGA